GCAAGUUCAAAACCAUAAAGGUUAGAGGUUAGACGAAGCUGCUAUCAGUCUCAGUAAGAAGGUAGAAUCAGAAUCAGCUGCCAAAGCUCAGCUUCCCAAACAGACAUUUUAAACAGCAAGAAGGAAAUAUUAACUGAGAAGCUUGACAGCUGCCUUACUUGUGUUCCCAGACUACAGCAUAUACAGUGACGACCAAAAGGCUUACCUGCAGUGAAGAGCUGAAGACGAGAAAGAGAGUGAGGAGAGUUGGAACUUUGGAGCAGUGCAAAGAGACAGUGGACAGAGAUCUGGAGAGUGGGCUAUUAUGGAUAACCUGUCCGUCUACCACGGACCCAUCGGCAAGGACGAAGGGGAGAGGCGGCUGGCCCAGGACGGCCGGAAUGGGUGCUACCUAAUCCGCAACAGUGACUCUGUGCCUGGCGUCUACUGCCUGUGUGUGCUGUUCAAUGGAUUUGUCUACACAUACAGACUCCACAAGGAUGAAGCAGGCUCAUGGGCUGCAGAAACCACUCCUGGUGUGCAGAAACGAUAUUUCCGGCGCAUCAAGAACUUGAUAGCAGCUUUCCAGAAGCCUGGACAAGGAAUUGCCAUGCCUCUGCUCUACCCUGUCACCGCUCAGAGUCGGGCACAAACACACACAGAGGAACAGACGCCCAGUAAUAGCCUGUCGCCCACACACAGCAGCCCAAACGAUUACUUCCAGCAGCAGCAGCAGCAGCAGCAGCAGCAGCAGCAGCAGCAGCGGCAGCCUCCACAUGCUGCUAAGGGACAGAAAAACAGGCAAAUGAAGGAGGUGCGGCAAGCUUUUUGUUAGGGGCAAACCCCAUCUCACCACUGACCUAAUUAUAAACAACAAUGCAGUUGCAUGAUGUGUACUUGUGCAUUUUGCACAGUCUGAGAAGUAAAUGUCAUUUUUCCCCCAAUUAAACAUCUCUUGUUUGUUCAGAUCAAGUCAUUGAGGCUCUAGAACUGGCUCAGAUCUCAGUAUCCUUCCAAUCUGUUUUUCUUUCUGCAUAUGCGGCACAGAAAGUGCCUCAUAACUUUCAGAGAUGCGACGUAAAAUAUUCAGCUCCUCGAACAUUAAUAUCCAUUACUGCAUUCGUAAGUUGACAACAAAUAUUGUGCUCUGUUUUCUUAAUGCAAUUCCGUAGUGUGAAUGGCAAAGAAAAUAAAUGAUAUUGGUUGAAACAAA